AUGAAAGGCUGCUCGCUCGCGCCGAUGGCAGGAGCAGACGGCGAGUUUGCCGGCAUGCUGAUGGCGCGCGCAUACCACCUCGACAGGGGCGACACGGCGCGCAACAAGGUGCUCAUACCCGACAGCGCGCACGGCACCAACCCCGCAACCGCCAGCAUGUGCGGUUUUGAGGUCAUCACUCUGCCAUCCGAUGCUGACGGCAAUACAGACCUUGAAGCACUGCGCUUUUCGGUCGGCGAUGAUCUCGCAGGCUUGAUGAUUACGCUGCCAAGUACGCUGGGGGCUCUUCGAUUCAAACAUCCUUGA